CCCGCGCAGAGCCCCGCCCCCGGCUCCACGUGCUGCGAGCGGCGUCCGCGGGGUUACUCCGCCUGUUGGAGGGCCAUGAGCGAGCUGCCCGCCGAGGUGCGGGCCUUCCUGCGCGAGCACCCGAGCCUGCGGCUGCAGCCGGACGCCCGCAAGGUGAGGUGCAUCCUGACGGGUCACGAGCUGCCCUGCCGCCUGCCGGAGCUCCAGGUCUACACCCGCGGCAAGAAGUACCAGCGGCUGGUCCGCGCCUCCCCGGCGUUCGACUAUGCAGAGUUUGAACCGCACAUCGUGCCCAGCACCAAGAACCCGCACCAGUUGUUCUGCAAACUCACCCUGCGGCACAUCAACAAGUGCCCGGAACACGUGCUGCGGCACAUCCAGGGUCGGCGGUACCAGCGAGCUCUGUGUAAAUACGAAGAAUGUCAGAAGCAAGGGCUGGAGUACGUCCCGGCAUGCCUGGUGCACCGGAGGAGAAAGAGGGAAGACCGGAUGGACGGUGAUGGGCCUCACUCGUGGGAAGCCUUCUGGGAGCCCACGUCCAGUGAUGAGGGGGGAGCCCCGAGUGACGACAGCAUGACAGACCUGUACCCACCCGAGCUAUUCACCAGAAAGGACCUUAGAAACACGGAGGACAUGGAUGGCACUGAUGACUUCUUGACAGACGAAGAGGACGAGGAGGCAAAGCCCCCAAAAGAGUCCACUGAUGAAGGCAGGAGGGAGAUGGACGUGGACUCGGGGAUGGACGUGGUCCGGAAGCGCAGGAAGAAACAGUUGGGCUCAUUGAAAAAGAAGUUCAAGAGUCAUCCCCGCAAACCUAAGAGCUUCAGCUCCUGUAAACAGCCAGGUUAAUAAAAGCACGUGCUGAGAAGUUUCGAGAAAGCCUUCAGCUAUUUUCACCCACUCUGUCUCAAGCCACGUGUCCUGUGAAUGAUCAGCUGUCCCUGGUGUCUACCUUGUC